AUGGAGAAAGCUGAGCUUGUGUUCAUCCCUGCACCAGCACUAGGCCACCUAAUUCCCACUGUGGAGUUUGCAAAAUGCUUGAUCCAACGAGAUGAUCGUUUCUCAGUGACUAUUCGUGUCAUGGAAUUCCUCUGGUGGCUCUCAUGGGGAGUUUUGGUGAACAACAAAGUGAAAGAAAUUGCGUUUGGAUUGGAGCAAAGUGGGAUAAGAUUUUUGUGGUCUUUACGUAAACCCCCACCAAAAGACAAAAUUGCUGAGCCAAAUGAGUACACGAGUGGCGCCCAGGAGGUGUUGCCAAAAGGGUUCUUGGAGAACACAAAAGAGAUUGGCUUGGUGUGGGAUGGGCGCCACAAAAGCAGGUAUUGGGUUUGGGGUAGAGUUGGAUUGGAUUUUAGAAACACCGGUGGAGAAGUCGUGUUAAGAGAUGAGAUAGCAAGAGCUAUAAAAAGUGUAAUGGAUGGUGAAAAUGAGGUGAGGAAAAGGGUUAAAGAGAAGAGUGAACAAAGCAGAUUAGCAGUAAGGGAAGGUGGAUCUUCAUUUGCUGCAUACGGAGGAUUGAUUGAUGAAAUAUUAAGGAACAAGCCAUGA